AGCCAGUUUGGGCCGAAAUGACUUCACGGAAGUUGUAGUACCACGGUUUGGCCACUGCGUCCAUUCAUAAAAUCGGCUUCAACAACCGGCGCACUUCCCGUAGUUUGCUGAUAGCUAGCUUAGGUUAGCUAUCUCACGCUGAAUGCUACGCGAUGUGACUCGAUGGAUCCGCAGGAAGAGACGAGAUAAUGCUAUAGAGUCGAGACGCUUUCAAGAUGUCCUCAGGCCACCGGCUGCGGGACGUUGAGCAGCAGCGCCCCCUGCUGGUCGGGGAGGAGGAGCAAGAUGUGAAGGAGGUGGAGAGGAUUCCCCUCGGUGAGACGAAGAGACUUUGGUUCAUCCCAGACUGCUGUGGCAUAGUGUGCGCCUUCAUCACCUGGUUCCUCGUGUUCUACGCUGACUUCGUGGUCACCUUCGUCAUGCUGCUGCCCUCCAGGAGCUUCUGGUACGCCGUGAUCAACGGGGUUCUGUUCAACAGCCUGGCAGUGCUGGCACUCGCAUCCCAUCUGAGAGCCAUGCUGACAGACCCGGGAGCCGUUCCGAAAGGAAACGCCACGAAGAAAUACGUGGAGAGUUUGCAGCUGAAGCCGGGCGAGAUCAUCUACAAAUGUGCAAAAUGUUGCAGCAUCAAACCGGAGAGAGCGCAUCACUGCAGUAUCUGUAAGCGCUGUAUCCGUAAAAUGGACCACCAUUGUCCCUGGGUGAAUAACUGUGUUGGUGAGAAAAACCAGCGCUUCUUCGUCCUCUUCACCAUGUACAUCGCUGUGAUCUCCAGUCACGCUCUGGCUCUCUGCGGCUAUCAGUUCAUCACCUGCGUCAAAGUGCAGUGGAGCGAGUGCAGUGAUUUCUCUCCUCCGGUGACCAUGCUUCUGAUGAUCUUCCUCUGCAUGGAGUCGCUCCUCUUCUUCACCUUCACCGCUGUGAUGUUCAGCACUCAGCUGCACUCCAUCUGCAACGACGAGACGGAGAUCGAGCGUCUGAAGAACGAGAAGCCCACCUGGGAGCGUCAGACUCGCUGGGCGGGGCUUCGCUCUGUCUUUGGGGGGGGGCCGCCCUCUCUGCGGUGGAUCAACCCCUUCGCCGGACUCAAACUACCAACCCUGCUGCCCCGCCGCUCCUGGAGGGGGGGGGCCGAGUUCUCCGUCUGACGAGCUGUCCGUCAAUUACCAGAGAUGGCAAAAGGGGAGAACAGCAGGGGGUCUGCCUCGAGACUCAGAGCCCAGAGAGAGGUCUCCGUCAGGGGGGGGCGGGGCUUCAGGUGUUAACCCCCCCCCCUUAACGAUCAAACGCUGCUGCUGGAUGUGAGGAAGUGUUCAAAGGCAGCAGAUUCAGACCCGGGGAUCAUCUGCUCAAUCCAUCAUCAUUUUAUGGGGAAAUCGCAACUUGGAUCAGUGCAGUAAUCACAUUGCAUUUAGCACAAUAUUAUAAGGGUAAAUAUGUAAAAAUGUAUGAAUGAAGUAAAGCAACGCAAGUUUAUUUAUACAGCACAAUAUCAAACACACCUGUGGCUCUACAGAUCAACAAACAUAGAUUACAGUGUGUGAUGUAAUUGUGAUUGACAAGAAAUUCAAAGUGCUGUACAAACACAGAAAGCAUUACAAUGUAGUGACAUGACAUUGAAAACAUUUUGUACCGAGCUAAGAUAGAAUAAGACAGGUAUAAAAUACAAAGUCACAGUUCGGUGUGAGAUAUAAAUAAUUAUUACAAUUAAAUCGGAAGCAGCUGCAAAAGGAAAAUGUGGAGCUGCAUAUUUGUUUGGUACAGAUCCUCUUAAAGGGGCCCUAUAUUCUGCAUUUGGGGGUUUCCUCUUGCCUGUAGUGUUUUCUAUAGGUUUGUGUGCAUGACUAUAUAACAUCUAACAUCACUAUAGACAGGGGUGCACACAACUUUCUCAGUGAGGUCCUCAGAUGAGUACCUUACCUGGAGUCAGUGUUUGGUACUCCAA